AUGCGCGAGCUUGAGACCACUCCCUUACUCUCCCCACGCUCCUCUCACGAUGCCUCUUCAGAUGUGGAGACCCCCCAACUGCAGACGGUCGCCGAUGAACGGAAAAUCGACAACGAUGUCCUUCCAGAAACAUCAACAGCCGGCCGGACCAUUGGUUGGGGCAGCGCCUACGUCCUGGUCAUAUCUAGAGUCAUUGGAAGCGGGAUCUUCGCAAUGCCUGGAACAAUUGUGCAAAAUGUUGGCAGUCCCGGACUGGCUUUAGUGUUAUGGGUGGCCGGGGCUCUCGUUGCGUGGGCCGGACUGGCCAUUGACAUGGAGUAUGGCUGUAUGCUCCCAAGGUCGGGCGGCAUCAAGGUGUAUCUGGAAUACACCUACCGCAAACCGCGCUUCUUCACCUCGACCAUGGUCGCUGUACAAGCCGUGCUGCUGGGCUUCACGGCUAGCAACUGCAUUGUCUUUGCAAAGUAUACGCUUUUUGCUGUCGGUACUACCCCCGGAGACCUCAACACCAAGCUUCUGGCUGUUGGUCUUUUGACCUGGAUCACCCUCGUCCACAGCUGCUUCUACAGGACAGGCAUAUGGAUCCAGAAUGUCCUGGGCUGGGUAAAGAUUGCCCUGGUCCUUUUCAUGAUUCUCACAGGAUUGUUCGUGGUCAUCUUCCGGCACGAUACGACAUCACGCGUCCCAGAUGUUGCUACCACGGCUGCAUGGGACAGUCUGUGGACCGACUCGAAUUGGCAAUGGAAUAACCUGUCGACUGCGUUUUUCAAGGUCCUCUACUCAUACGCCGGAUUAAGCAACGUAAACAACGUCCUGAAUGAGGUCAAAAACCCUGUUAGGACUCUGAAAUCCGUGGGCCCCAUUGCACUACUGACAGCUUGCUUCUUGUAUCUUCUCAUCAACAUUGCAUAUCUUGCAGUGGUCCCGCUGGAGGAGGUCAAACGGAGCAGAGAGUUGAUCGCCGCAUUAUUCUUCGAACGUGUCUUUGGGCCUGGGUUCGGGGACAAGUUUCUUCCCCUUGCCAUUGCUCUCUGCGCCGUGGGAAAUGUCAUGGUGGUAACAUUCUCCGUGGCUCGGGUCAAUCAAGAAGUGGCGAGACAAGGAUUUCUUCCCUUUGCAGAAACUCUGGCGUCUUCCAAGCCGUUCGGCUCUCCCACGGGCGGGCUCAUUGUUCACUAUGUGCCUUCGGUACUGGUAAUCGUGUUGCCGCCUUCGUCCACAGUUUACUCGUUCAUUGCCGAUGUUGAAGGCUACGCUGGUCAAUUCGUUGCCCUGGCUGUGGCGGCGGGGUUACUCUUCCUACGUGUGCGAAAACCUCACCUUCAUCGGCCAUUCAAAGCAUGGGUUCCCGCUGUUUGGCUGAGGAUCGUGCUCUGUCUCUGCCUGAUCUCGGCGCCUUUGUUCCCUCCAAAGAAAGGUUCAGCAGACGUGAAUUUCUUUUACGCAACUUAUGCACUCGUGGGCUUAGCGAUUUUAAUCUUUGGAGUUGCUUAUUGGUUCGUUUGGACUGUCGCCUUACCGCGCUACAGAGGCUAUAGACUGGAAGAGGAGGCCGAUAUCUUGGACGACGGAACGACUAUUACCAAAUUGGUGCGCAAGGAAAUAUAA